AUGCAAUACAAGAGUACCUCGGAAAGCGCUAUUGCUCUUGCUAUUCUUCCCGAUCUUGUCGUCGAGAAUGUAUUGUGUUCGUUGAGCAGUAUCGAGAACGGUGGCUUCGAAAAUGGUAGUUCUGUUGGGUGGAUUGUCGGUGGUGGAAACCGAUCUUCGGUACUAUCAUCCCAAAUUCAGCCAGAGGACUAUCUACCGAAUGGCGCGCGAUACGAAGAAUCAAUUGCUCUUAACAGUUCUUCAAUUGUAACACAGGGCGAAGAUCCGUUAGUAACAAGCCUCCUAUCCCGCAUUGUUUAUGCUGGUAAUUACGCAUGGCGUGUCGGUGAUAUGGCAAAAGGUACUCGUGUAGCCGUAAUUAGUCGACAGGUCGAUAACUAUUAUUGUUCGGAUAUGUACUUUGCAUGGUUAGCUUAUUUAGAAGUCGGAGAUCAUCCCCAAAACGAAUCCAGCCUUAUAAUAAUCGAACUGAAAGAUAUAAGUAACAACGAAACCUUACUUUCACGACGUUUCGAUUCUGCAGUGAAUUCAACAAGUGACUACAAGUUUAUUUCCUAUAGGGAUAAUACUAUUUAUACACCCAGUUGGCAAGUUGAACAUGUAUCUAUUAACCAAUCUUAUCACGGUCACAAUUUUACCUUGACGGUACUUGCUGCAGAUUGUCGAGAACAAUUUCAUUCAAGUUACGUCUAUAUUGACAGUUUUGGUAGCGUCAAUCCAAGUACAUGUAGCCCACCCUGCCAAAACAACGGAACUUGUACGAUAUAUCACAACUGUACAUGUGCAUCUGGCUUUACUGGUCAAACAUGUAACAUUCAAUCUGCUAAUCUUUGCUCGGCAAAUAAUACAUUCAACAGCACUCCUAUUAUAUUAGUUACAUUUGGUUCUGGCAAACAGCAACAUUCUGCCGCUCAACCUGCUAGUUUUAAUUUUUCGACCACUUAUUCGCAAGUUUUUCAAAGUGUACCAAGCGACGGCCAUUUUGCUUUCGUCAAUUCUGUUCCUUCUGGUUACGAUACGUGGCAUAUCGGUGCUCUUGAUCACACAGAAGAUACAAACGGAUACAUGUUUCUCGUAAACGCGGCUCUCGCAGCCGGCCAAUUCUACAAUAGUACAACCAAUCACCUAUGUAUUAAUAAACGCUAUGAAUUUUCAGUUUACUUAGCUAAUGUUUGCAAGAAAGAUUGCUUAAUAAUGCCAAACGUUCGAUUUGAAGUUCGAAGCACAUCAACUAACCAUACAUUACUUGCACAACUAGAUUCAGGAAACAUACCAAUGAAUCCAAGUAUUUUAGAUUGGAAGAAGUAUGGCCUUUCAUUUAUACCGCCGACCAAUUCCGUUACUCUAUUAAUGAUAUCGAACGCUGCAGGUGGCGAUGGAAAUGACAUAGUCAUUGACGAUAUCGCAUUGCGUGUUUGUGCAGCGCAAGGUGCUGGUUUUUGCUGA